ACCAAUCGUUGUUGGGAGUUUCUCAAAUUAUUAUUAACCAAUUGAAAAUCUGAGUUCUGAACUAAGGCUGGCAACAAAAAGCAUCAAAAUGAAACCAAACCUAAAAAUUUGGUUUUUCGUUGUGUUACUUGGCAUUUUUGCAAUCAAUACCAAGCAAGUAAGUAAUGGGGAAAAUCAGUUGAAGAAUGAUCAGUUUAUACACCAAAAGCGUGGAGUACAAAACUUCGGAUCGCGCAGUAAGCGCACUCAAGAGUGGGAAAAUCGGCAGAAGACGCAUCUAAUCAACAUUGUGGUGACCGAUUUGGAUAAACUGGAUGCGCAGGAGCGUCAAAAGGAGCAAAAGGUCAAAGCAGCGCUGAUGAAAAUGAUGAAUUUAAAGGAGGCCAAAGCAGCUCCCAAGGUGCGGCGUCACUUUGAUAAUGCGCCUGGAUUAGAUUUUCGACGUGAAUUUGCCAGCGAUGAGCCGAAUCCAUAUAUUGAGAAUUUGCGGAAUCGUUGCGAGCAACUUUAAAACGAAAACGAAACGAGUUCAGAAUAGUUUUCAGUUACCAACAAUGUAUAUUUUUUGUAUUGCUGUUUGUAUUAAUUAAUAAAGAUCAAAGAUAAG